AUGCCGCCCCCCGCGCCUCGUCCCAAGCAGCCGUACCUCAAGCGCAAGCCGUACAAGGUCCAGUUUGAGCAGCUCGACUGGUCCAGCGUCGGGGCCAAAACCAACAGCAACUUGGCCAAGCCCAAGCGCACCAAACACGUGCUUACCGACAAGUCUUGUCCCAACGUCGCGCCGGGACUGAACCUGGAGCUCCAGAGUCUGGCGACGACGUCGGUCGCGAACCAGUCCAACAUGAAGCUGGAGCUCAUGCAGCUCAAGCAAAAGACCGAACUGCAGACGAUUUUUCAUCUGCUGCCAUCCAAGAAAACCACCGGACGGAUCCCAACACUGUCCAAGAGCCAGAUCCAGCAAGUGCAGGGCCUUCCGAGCGCUCAGUAUGCAGCACUCGUCGCGACGCUCGACCGUGACUACAGGCAACUCAAGCCGCAAUUGCAGGACAACAUGGCCAAGCUCGCGCAGUAGUCUAACAACAACAACGUUAUCGAUGAUAGCUUCCUUUGUCAAUCCAGCAACUCGAACGCCAAACUGCUUGCAAACUCCAUCUUGGUCGCGCCAGUCCACUCGGUCUUGACGGCCUUGGCGAUCUCCGACUCCGGCAUCGCUUGGGGCUCGAGGACGACCGUCGCUGCCUCUUUCUGCAGCAUCUCGCCGAGGUCGACGAACGUCGUC